AUGACGACGACCAUGAGAGCCGGGAGCACGUCGACGAAGCGGCUGUGCGCGCUGCUGCUGACGCUGCUCUGCGUGGCCGUGCGGUUCCAAGGCAUCGUCUGCCCGGCUGUGGGGAGGGGUGGAGGAGGUGGCGGCGCCGGCGAAGGAGAGGGGGCCGGCGCCGGUACCGGCGAAGGCGGUGAGGCGGCAGCAGAAACACAUAGAGGACAGAUACAUGGAUGGGGCCCUCUCCAAGCGGUGGCCCAUGGGCGUUGCCCAUGGUCGCCUAUGGCCAAAGCCGGGCCUGCCGGCGCCGCGGCAGGUCCCGGCGUGAAUCCGAACGCCGCCGCGGAGUCGGGAGGACACGGCUUCUGGUGGGUAUGCGCUGCCGCCGUUCUCGCGUGCGCGACGCUCGGCUUCCUGUGCGUGGCCCCGCCGCUCUCGCCUGCGCGGCGGUCGCCUGCCUGA